GUCGCUUCAAGUACGUACGUAGGUUGUGGGGAAAAUUCGCCCGCUUUGCUACUCACCGCGCUACCGAGUUAUUACCUAGUGCACCUCUGUACCUUUGCAGUUGCGCAAGUAGCAUUAGACGAGCACAAAGGAGCAGGAGGAGCAGGAGGAGCAGGAGGAGCAGAAGGAGGCCUCUGGUUGUUUGUAGCCAUGGUUCAACUUGAAACUGUACGAGGCUCGUAAAAUUCUCCAAAUGCUUCCAACCAUUGACCAAGAAGAGCCUUGUGCGUUUGCUCGCCGGGUUUUCGAGGAAGCAGAAAAAAGUCACCAAGUGGAACGAAAACCCCACCAGAGAUCUACUACUCUGAAUGAAGUGCCACAGCGAGUGCGGGAGUGAGUGAGUGGUUCGCUCUUCACAUUGAUGGGAUUUAAGUCUCUGGCCAUGCAUGGUUUACAACUUGACUUCUCCCAUCACCAACCUACAAGUUGUGGACGACGACGGCGUUCCUCUUCCCAAUUUAAUGAUGAUCAUUGAAGCGCAAAAGCGAUUUCUUGGUGAAGCCGCUACUCAUUCCACCACACGUCUCGGUUGUCAUUUCAGUGGUUCGGAUCAAGCUAGAAGUCCCACUCUUACUUCAUCGUCUUCCCCUCCUGCAACUAGUACUUCUACUCUCUUCAUCAAUAGUGGCUUCUAGUGUUCGUCAUCAUCAAGUAGUCUUACAUGCAGGAUAUGACGACUCUCCUAUCAACAUUCUCAUGUUUGCAUGCGUGAAGGCAUAAUCAUUUUGAGUCGAAGCGUCUCUCCCCAUUCGUUCGUGGUUGGUUCGCAUGGUUGUUGCAGGGUCGGUCCCUCGGUCGAUCGCUCGGUGGUUGUUGCGGCUUGCAAAAGCACACACAUGAAGGCGAAAGAGCUCGACUCAGACCACCACGCCCUAUCACCAAAGGUUGUGCUGAAGUAAUAAAACCAGGACAUUUCAUCGAGAUAAUUGAAAGCCACCGAGCAACGUUUCAGGAACGAGCCUGGCGCUUGGGAUCCACCUGUGAGUUCAGUGAUCAGUGAGUCAUUUGUGAGCUUCAUAUCCUACCUACUAGUGUGCAAACGAUAGCUUAACACCAUUUCAUCGUUAUCAUAAAGUGAAGCGGAGAAAGAAAGAUCUCAAACGAACAUAUGUGCAUGCAUCUGUACCGAGAGCCCAUUUAGAGGAUAGCGAGGGGACCCCUCUCUAGUUAGAGAAAGCAUCGAUUGAGAAGAAAUUCGCCGAGGAAGAACUGGCCCAGCUGCCAGAAAGGGAGCCAAAGUAUCCAACCAGUGCGGAUUCCAUCCCAGCUUAGAACUGACGAGCAAAGCAAUUGUGCAAAGCCGACCCUUGACAACCAGUGCUACCAACGAUACCAGUGUGUGAGAGGAAAGACGGAACAGGAAAUUGCCUCCAGGACUGAAGCUUACCAACAAAUUGCUUCCAAAACUAGGGAAAAGACCAACAACAAAAGUGGAGCGAGGUUAAAUAGUGGAACAGUGUGAAUACAGAUGCAGCUAUGAGUGAUACGGUCAGUUUGAAUAGCAACCAAAGUGCAGAUGUUUCGGCUCUGGGAGGAAUUGUGGUAGAGGAAGUCGGCCAACUGCCGAUCCUGGAAUUUGUGCCCAAAAAGCUUGUGUUGCUAAACUAUACAUUUGCAGCCCUAAACGAGGAAGGGCGAUUGCUGCUGGGAGAGAUCCGAACUCGGGGAGGCGAUGAUUGGACUUUGGCGGCGAGGUCCAUAACGCAGUUAUCCGGAAAACCUGGUGAGGACCGAAAGUACUUGGACCUCGCCUUGGUGCCAAAUGUUCACCAAGGAGGCACGUCUAUCGUGUUCUUGGUUGAAAAGAAGAACAAAGAACGCCUCAUUACAGCCCACAACAUCAAGCAUGGAAAGAUUUUGACUCUGGAGGAUGAGUUCACCUCCUACGACAAAGUCAAUGUCUUGGGAAAGGGUGUUUCUCAUAUCACGGCCGAUGUUUCAGCGCCUGAGCCGACUGUGUUUUCAGUUUCGACCCUGUUGAGAAAGUUAAGAUUGGAAGAUGGGGGGUCGACCUUAAAACCAACUCCGGCCAGAGCUCAAGUACCCGCUGAAGGUCAGGAUGGAACCUUGUCCAUGGCUAUCCAACCGGCAGCUGGUAUGCAAAAGCACCACCAUUCCACAGUGGUCAUUUCAUUUCGAACUAAAUCCGCCACGAAAAACAAGUUCAUGAUCGAAUGGUAUCAAUCGAGGAAAGACGAAAUGUCCUGCUUAAAGAGUGCCAUCAAAUUCGGCGAGGAUUGCGAGCCGCACAUCUUGCUCUCGGAUCCCAAGGACACCAGAACUGUGUACGCCGUUUGUCGUAAUCACUCAAACAGCUCCACCAAUAUCUUCAAGAUUAUCAAAGGGAAGAAGCCCGACGAUCCUAUUCUGUCCUUGAACUACGACGUCGACAUGGCAGCCAUGGGAAUGAGUGCGGAUCAGAAUGUUACUCUUCUGUUGUAUUCAGUCCAACACGACUCUGCCCGAAUCUAUUUUCUUUCUAAAACUGACGGAUUCCGAGGCAAGCACCCCAUUUGCGUCCACUGUCCUCCAUUGGAGUUGUUCUCAUCUCCUAGCCACAUCAUCUCUUGUGUUACCCACCGAUGGCAACUCCCGGCUUCACUUGUGGAUAAGUGUGUUGGAAGUGCUCCCUAUCAAUUGGCUUUGGUAACACUGGUGGAUUCCAAUGGCAGAUAUGCAAUUGAGCCGGAAACUGGCCAUGGAUAUCGUCUGAGGAUCUUAGGUUGUGAUACUCAAGGAUUCACUCCGGAAUCGAUUUUGCUGGAAGAUUUGGAGCGAACGUUCGAAAAUGCGGAGGACAAAUUGGCCCAUUGUACGUUGAAGAUAUGCAUCAAUCAGACUCCAUGUAACGAUCGGCUUUCUCAAUUGUCUGCUUGGCUCAUGAGUGGCAGAUUGGCCGCUAUUGAGAUGCAAUUUGUCAAGACUUUAGGAGGCUUGCCAUCUCAAGGCAGUGACCGGUUCACGAUAAAGCCGAUAUCGCCGGAGAGGUUCCGGUCAUACAUGACAGAUAUGGAUUGGUCGCAGAUGAACCAGAAACAAGGCACGUUCACCUUGGAUUCGUCCAACUCGUCAACCCAUUCUGAAAUGUCAGCUUCAAUCAAUCGAAGCCUGAGUAAGAUCCCAGUGUCCCGAAUUCCCUCGGCCACUCCCUCAUUGUCUGGAAGUCAUCAUGGCGUUGAUGCAAACGGAGAUAAUGGCCAUCUUCUGUCUUAUCAUAAUGCCUCCAUUGGAGACAGAACAGACUCUAGAAAUGAAGGAGAAGAUUCGUCAAUAAUGAGGGAGCAAAUUGAUCAAUUGUCUUCCAGUUUGAGUCAGGCCUUGCGAGAAAACUCCAACUUGACAAACAACUUGUCAACGAUGCAAAGAGCCUUGGACUCUAUGAGGCAACGGGUUGGAAACGGCACCCCUAACUCCACUUUGUCGUCCUCGUUUAUGACCGAUUAACAAGUAUAUUUCUAUUCAUGUCAUUGCUAGUUUAUGCCGUAGCUUUAUCCAAAGAAUGUAACAGGGCAGUGAUGAUAUUGCCUUUUGAAAUAUGCCAAGAAUCCACUUAGAGCAGAACAUUUUAUGAAAUACAAGAACAUACGUUUGGACGGA